GCUAUCAAAACAAACACGAUCUAGAUAAUGACUGCCCUUGAAACUUUGCCGAAAUAAAAGACGGAAUGGAGAUCUUUGCGUUCAAUACCGUUUUUUGGAAUAUUAUAAAAACCUUACUUAUACUGUUUCUGUUUUCCAUUCUGUAUGAUUGGGUCCAGAUGCUAAUAUGGAAGCACAAAUACAAGAUAAAAGGUCCCUUCCCCGUUCCUGUAUUUGGAAACUUGUUGACCUACAUCAUGGCCCCUGGUGUCGAUCAUCACCGUAAACAGAUUGAAAAGUAUGGAGAUGUUUUCGGAGGACCCUCGGGCUCAAUGAAGACCUUGAACGUUGCCAACAUUGAGUUGCUGAAGAAAAUCAUGAUCAAGGACCACGUUGAGUUCCAAAACCGAUAUGUUUUCCCAGGUGUGUCCGAUCCUCCACCUGUAGAUAAAACAUUGUUAAAUCUGGAAGAUGAAGCGUGGAAACGCGUCAGAAGCAUUAUUACCCCCAGCUUUAGUGCCGGAAAAUUGAAACAGAUGACCAAACAGAUGAAUUCCUGCGCUAAACUGCUCGUUGCCGGCCUUCUAGAAAAGGCAAACUCAAGGGCUGUAAUAGAUCCAAGAGUACAUUUUGGCUGCUACACCAUGGACGUUAUUGCCAGUAACGCUUUUGGAAUUGUCACCAACGCCUUCAAAAACCCCGACGACCCGUUUAUUUGGCACGCGAAAAAAAUAUUUUCUACGCCAGUCAUCAAUCCAAUUUUUCUUUGCAUGUUUUUGUUCCCGCGCAUUAUGAUUCCAAUUACAAACCUGUUUAAGUUUAGUGCUUACUACCCGCAAGAUUCCUUGGCCUUUUUCCGUGACGUUUCAGCCAAAAUCAUUGAACAACGAAAACAAGAUCCAGAUGCAAGCCGAGUGGAUUUGCUUCAACUGAUGCUUAAUGCGGAACUUCAGGAUGAUGAAAACGAGAGCAAGACCACGAAAAGAUUGUCGGUGGAGGAACUUACUGGCCAGAUGUUCAUAGUGCUUGUGGCUGGAUACGAAACCACCGCAUCCCUUCUGCAGUAUGCGGCUUACGUCUUGGCAACAAACUCUGACGUACAGGAUAAACUUAUAGCCGAGAUAGACAACUGUAUUUCUGAGGAUGUCCAAGAGCUGAAGUAUGACGUGAUUCAGGAUAUGGCCUACCUUGACCAAGUUAUCAACGAGACAUUGAGAAUGUAUCCACCACUUGCAUCGAUGAACAGGACGACCAGCCAUCACAAGGACGUGUUGUUGGAUGGCUAUUGGUUUCCUGCUAACACACUGAUCCAGUACAGCAUUUACAUGAUUCAUCAUGACCCUCAACUUUAUCCGGAACCAGACAAGUUUAUACCGGAAAGGUUUCUCCCUGAAGUGAAAGCCAAACGUGACACUUUCACCUUCAUACCGUUCGGGCAUGGUCCUCGUAAUUGUAUUGGCAUGCGGCUUGCUCUCCUGGAGUUGAAAAUCGCCCUGGUGGCUACCUUGAGGAAGGUCAAGUUCUUUCAAGUCCCUGAAACUGAGGUGCCAUUGGAAUUGAUCACUUACGAGCCGUUCCUGCGACCAGUCAGACCUAUCAAGGUUGGGGUGGAAAGGCGGUCCUCCUCUCAAGACUAAACAACACAGUGACGUUUUUCUGUUUUUUGUUUCGAAACAAACAAUAUGUAACCCUGAUAUAACACAAGUAUUUUUUUCGGAAUUUUAUUCAAUAAUUCUGGAUAAUAGGCUGCGGCUGUUCUUGGCCAGUCUUUGAUUGCUGCUGGUUUAAGAAAAACAAGUUUUUUGUUAGGCGAAAGAUCGUAAAGUUGACAAUUAACAUACAGUGUGCACAUAUAGAAAUAGAAUGGUCAAAAAGAAUGGUUGUCGACAAUUAUUUACUGAUUGUUUUGCGGAAGUGUAUAUAUCGUUGGAGCUCUUUAGCAUACUCAUAUUUCUUCAAUAAAAAGGUUUGUUAAAUUGUACAUACCAAGAGCUUAAUAUGUUUCUGUUAUAAUGAAUAAGAAUACAUCCUUUUUAGCUCGACUAUUCGAAGAAUAAGGAGAGCUAUCCUAGUCACCCGAGCGUCGGCGUCUGCAUAACCACUUAUGUUAAAGUUUUUGUAAGAGUUUGUGUACCACCUCAAAUGUUGACAUAUGGCUUUGAAACUUUGCACACUUGUUCAACAUUAUGCCCCCACAGGAGGAGGUAACUCUAUCAAGCAUUUUGACAAAAUUAUGCCCCUUUUUGACCAUCUCAAAUAUUUUUCAUUCAAUUUAUGUAAAUAUCUCAGCACAUCAUGUAUUGCAUUGAAAUCUAAUCUAACAGUGAUCCAUGCAUGUUUCGCCAAAACCUUUCAAUCUAUACACAGAAAAGCGUCGGAAUAGUCGAGCGCGCUGUCUCUGUGACAGCUCUUGUUUUAAAUUUUGACUUUUUAUUUCAUAUUUCGUUCAUAGCUAUUGCGCAGUUAACUUUAAACUUGGCUUGUGGGGUGUGUCCAUUUAAACUGGUUUUAACCCCCAGUAAAUUAACAUUUUACUGACCGUUCCAAGGCGGUACAUAUUAAACAAUCCUUGAUAAACAUAACUAGCUUUUUAGCUCACCAGAGCACGAAGUGCUCAAGGUGAGCUAUUGUGAUCGCCAUGUGUCCGUCGUCGUUGUCGUCCGUCGUCGUCGUCCGUCGUCCAUCAUUAACAAUUUGACUGUUUACACUCUAGAGGUCACAAUUUGGACACAAUCUUAAUGAAAUUUAGUCAGAAUGUUACCCUUAAUAAAAUCUUGGACGAGUUCGAUAUUGGGUCAUCUGGGGUUAAAAACUAGGUCACCAGGUAAAAUUAAAGGAAAAGCUUGUUAACACUAUAGAUGUCACAUUUAUGAUUGUAUCUUCAGGAAUCUUGGUCAGAAUGUUUAUAUUAAUACUCUCUAGGUCAAGUUUGAUUCUGACUAAUGUGCGGUCAAACACUAGGUCACGAGGUCAAAUUGAAGGAAAUUCUUGUUAACACUCUAAAGGUGUCAUUUAUGACUGUAUAUUCAUGAAAGCUGGUCAGAAUGUUUAUAUUAAUAAUCCUUAAAUCAAGUUUAAAUCUGGGUCAUGUGCGAUCAAAAACUAUGUCACCAGGUCAAAUCAUAGGAAAAGCUUGUUAGCACUAUAGAGGUCACAUUUAUGACUGACUGUUCAUGAAACUUAGUCAGAAUAUUUAUAUUAAUUAGCUCUAGGCCAAGUUCGAAUCUGGGUCAUGUGUGGUCAUAAACUAGGUCACCAGGUCAAAUUAAAGGAAAAGCUUCUUAACACUCUAGAGGUCACAUUUAUAAAGGUUUCAUGUUGGGGUAACUGCUCAAAGGUAAGAAGUCAAUGAGGGGUUCAGUUUAUUUUGUGAGAAGUACUUUGGUGAAAAGUGUCAGUAUUAAAAGCAAAUUCAUUUACCAUUCAAUGAAUAUGAGCCCAACCCCCCC